GAGCUGGAAGCUUCGAGAUUCCUCACUGCAGCCUUCUCUUGCGGCUUCCUAGCUGGCGCGCUUCUUCCGGCCUCUUGGAGAGCUGUGGGCACGCACGAUGGCUCCUAGAAAGGGAGCAGGCAUGGCUACAAGCGCAGCUCUGGGAACGCGUGGGCAGCCAGGUCCCAGCCCCUGGGUUUAGGCACUUGGAUGACAGGCGUAUGCUCCAGCUCUUGGGGCGCGUCGCGAUUGGUGGAUUCGGGCUUCCCGGGAGGUGCUAAGCGCACGCUCGAACUGUAGCCGGCCCGCGGGCGGCCCUGUGCGCGUGCCCAAGAGAAAGGGGGCGUGUUGAGAGUGGUCAGAUUCAGGCGUCCUGCGGGAAAAGGUGCGCAAAUCCAAGCUCCCCGGCGGACGUGCGCUUUCGCAGGCUAUAGUCUGCGCAUGCCCAGACUGUGAAGCGACCCGCGGCCGCAGUUCUGGGGUUGUUCGUUGGAGGCAGUGGUCCUAACAGGAUGCUGGUGUUAAUGCUGGUGACGGUGACUAUCUUGCGGCUCUGCCUGCUGUCCAGAGCUCAGCCACUGUGCCGUAGUCGCAUGGUGAGGACAGGAAAGGUGUUUCAUGACGGACAGAAAAUUCAAGGGGACCAGCUAUAUUUUUCAUUUGGGACAACUCGCUUGAUUAAGCAUCCUUGCAAGAAAAACAUAGCCCUGUAUCUAGGAAGACAAAUUUUUCUCACAAGAGAUAAUUUUGAAAGUAGUCUCCUUCCGUGUUCCAUCCCUACAUCAAUGCAGGUUGGCAUACCAGAAGUAACAUCAGCACAUUUUGCUGGUUCAGUAUUGCUGUUGGUGGUGAAUCGAAAAGUUUAUGUCUAUGAUUAUGAAGCCAAUUCCUGGAAUGCAUCUACAGGUAUAGAACAUCCUGUUUCACAUAUUUCUGGUGACAACUGCUGUUACAGUGAAAAUUCCUUUUGCAUGGAUAUAAGUAAUUCGGUUUUUGCUUAUUUGCAUGGAGCUCAGAUAUCUCAGACCAAUAUCUAUUUUUCAAACACACGGGGAUACAGAUUUCAGAAGUUUGCUCAUGAAAGACAGGCGGAACUAGUCGGGUCACUGGGUGGGGUCUUCUACUUUCACUCCCUGUCACAGGUCGGACUGCUUCUCAUCGACCAACGGAAGGCCAUGUUCAGCUACUCGGACCACCCCCUGAACCGCAGUUUCGGGCUGCCCUUUGACUACAAUGGGACCCUCGACAUCCUCAUCGCCCCGGGCCAGAAAGGCAUCCUGAUCUUCUGGUUUGAGAAGAGCCUGCUGGUUUCUCGAAAUGCAGGUCAGCUGGUCGACCCGGUCCGGGUGCGAGAAGGACAACACAUCCUGUAUCCUUCCAUCUUUGACGCCAACAUCACCAUCCACAGCAUCGCUGCCAAUGAAAACGAACUGGCAGUUUUAACUCGGGAGAGUAAUUUGUACUAUGGCAGCCUGGGAAUUCUGUCGAGUUCUCUAAUCAAAUUUGCAGACCAAGACAUCUGGUCAGAAGAGGCAGUCCUGGUGUUCACUGAUGUGGGGUUGCUUGAAAUACUGACCCCACUUCCUGACUCCACCUUUCCAGCUUUCGAUUUCCAGAAGUGCCCCAUGAAUAUCCAGGAGAUUCUCAUGGACCCCCAACUCCACAUUGAUGUCUGCAAAGUGAAACUUCUGCAGGGAGAAUUUGCAAACAAAAUGUACACCAUUGAUAUGAAUAGCAAGUUGGAAUUGACGGCCCUGAUGAUACCCCGGCCGGGCACAUCUCCAGUCCCACUAGUGAUGGUGAGCAAUCCCCACUCCCUGGGGCUGCAGGCAGUCAUCUACGAGGAUGGCUACACCUACGAUGGGAACACCAAGCACAGACUGAACAUUUCCCUGAGGCAGCAGCACCACUGGGGCAGGGCUGACCCCAAUUUCACCUCCAGCAUAAAGAGAUCCACCAUAUCUACCAUCACUCUGGACAUAGCUAACAAGGAGAUCUCAUGUGUGGACCUUAAACCACUGACAGCUCUCAUUUCAGUUGGUUGCGACCUGGAGAAGAAGAUCGUCAUUCAGAAUGAGAUCUCAGCCUGUUACAAUGGCAUUCUUGACCCUGUGGCCCUUCAGGACAACUACAGCUAUGUCAUUGAGAGGGAAGCCUACGACCCCAACUUCCGGGGGCAGGAGGCCUCAGAGGACCUGAAGGUGCAUUACCAAUAUGAGAAGCUGGGCUGCCCUCUCCUCGCCUACUACGACACCCCGUGGAAGCCGGUGGUAGAGCUGUGGCGGGAAGGCACGUUCCAGGAGGUGGUCGAGGCUGAGUAUGUCCUGCUGGAGGUGAACGGGCUGUUCACAUACACCUACUCCCUGACGGCUGACACGGCCCUCUGCAAUUCGCAGCCACAGAACUGGACCAGCAUUGCCGAGAUGGCCGGAGACCAGGGGCUGUUCGCCUGGGACCGAGAGACAUACGUGAGCUGCCAUGACCCUGACAACGAAGCACCCCUGACGUGGCCCAAAGUCCCGUAUCAGAUCUUGGGCGGCCCAACAGACAACAAGGUCAUUUUUGACCAGAGAAAUGGCAUCUACAUCUUCUUCAUUUCCAUCGUGGAUCCGUACUACAGCUACUGUCACCUGGAGGCCACCUUCAGUGUCUACGUCUAUGGCGCCUUCCCGCUGUCCAUCAUCCCGGCGGAGCUCACCAUCGUCCUGCUCACGGUGGCCACCCUGCUGUCCGUGUGGCUGGCCUACAUGAUCCCCAAGCAGCUGCACACCGAGCAGGGCCUCAGGCUCAAGGACUUCUGGGUCCAUCUGUACAGGAGAUGCAGGAAGUUUUGUGCAUGUUUCCAGGGCAGGUGCUGAGCACACACAGGGUGGGGGGGUGCAGGGCGGGGUGGGGCAGAGACGUCUUAAAGCGUUGGGUAAAAAACCUGGUGGCAGUGUGUCUCACUUGUGUUCUGAGUUUUUCUCCAUCCACCUGCCUCCCCUGACAUCCUGGCAUCAGCAUCCCCUCGAACUCCAGCACCUACACGGGUUGUAACGGGGAGAAGGUGGGCAGCCCAAGUACCACUCAACAGGAGCUUGGUGAGAUAAGCACAGGCUGGUGGUGGAAUAAUCAGUGGAGCCUCUGGGACGCAUUAGACAGGGUGAUGUGUUCUGUCAGGAAGGAUGAGACCCAAGGGAAGAGAGGGGAGGGGCUGUAGAAGACAUGAGACCUGGGUUUCCAUUUCUGUCCCAAGAAACCCUGAUGUAUAUACAAACAAAUGCGUAUCUGCAUGUUUUGGGAUGUCCAUGAAUAAAAUGUGGAAGGCUGGUGCAUUUUU